UGGGGGUCUGUCGGAGGAGCACUGGGAGAAUGUCAGGGAGCAAGCAGCUACUGAACCUGCCUCUCAUUAAAGAACUAGAGCUCAUCUUGGAUUCCUGCACACUAGAGCUCACACCAGUGGAUGAAGUCUGGCCCAACCUGUACAUAGGAAAUGUGGCCGUUGCACAGAAUAGAAAGACAUUACAAAAGCUUGGCAUCACUCAUGUCCUGAACGCAGCACACUCCAAACAGGGCAGCAUCGGCGACCAGAGUUUUUACGGGAACACCUGUAUUUACCUUGGCAUCCCGGCAGAGGAUUCAGAUCACUUUGACCUCAGUCAGUACUUCAAACUUGCAGCUGACUUUAUACACAAAGCGCUGAGGAGCAAAGACGGUAAAGUGCUCGUGCAUUGCAUCAUGGGUGUGAGUCGAUCAGCCACUCUGGUCCUGGUAUUCUUGAUGCUUCGACAGCGUCUCCCUCUAAGAGACGCUCUGAGGCAAAUCGUCCAAAAACGAGCCAUUUACCCAAACCGGAACUUUCUGUCUCUCCUCCUCAAGCUGGAUGAACAGCUGACUCUCAAACGGAGGUUGUGUCCUCUUCUCUGACGUCUGCGUUCACCUCCUCCAAGCUCCAUCGUUAUUAUUUUAUCACCUCAUGAACUCUCUUUUCGAUGGAUUACACUCCUCUUAUAUAGCGUAGACAAUAUCUUGAAAUGUGUGAAAUGUAGUUGGUUUAUUUUGAUGGUGUUGAAAUGAACUUUAAUUCCAUAUUUGCAAUUUGAAUACGGUGUACAGUGGCAAUAGUUAUGUCAAAUAUUGUAAAUAGUUUAGCACUGUCUCAUAUUUCUUUGAUGUUGUUUUUCAUUUUCAAUCUGUAUAAAAAUGCUAACUUGUUAUAGUAAGCCAUGUUCAAAACCUUUGCAUACAAACUUGUUGUAAAAAAAGAUACUGAUGUUAUUUCAUCAAAAACCAGCAAAAAAAAAUUUAACAGCUUGGUUAAAACAUACUGUCAUUGGUUUAUACUCUCAAAACAGUUAAAGGUCACACAUUAUCUUUCUUUUCAACCAGUUUAAAGAAGUCUCAGAGCUCCCCAAAACA